AUGUACCAAGGUAACCAAACUACUAUUUCUGAAUUCUUCCUCCUGGGCCUCAUUGUUGGGUCAGAACAGCAGCAGCUCCUCUUCCUGCUCUUUCUGUGCAUGUAUUUGAUCACCAUGGUGGGGAACGUACUUAUCAUUCUAGCUAUCAGCAGUGAUCCUCACCUCCACAGUCCCAUGUACUUUUUCCUUGCUAAUCUAUCUUUUACUGACAUUUGCUUCACCACCACCACAGUCCCCAAAAUGUUGGUAGACAUCCAAAGUCAGAGACCAACCAUCUCCUUUGCAGGAUGCUAUACACAAAUGUAUUUCUUUAUGUUGCUGGUAGACCUAGACAAUUUCCUCUUGGCAGUCAUGGCAUAUGACCGGUAUAUUGCUAUCUGUCAACCAUUACACUAUGCAACAUUAUUGAGUCCCAAGCGCUGUGCCUUCUUGGUACUAACUCCAUGGAUCAUCUCCAAUUUUGUCUCAGUUCUGCACCUCAGUAUGCUGAGCCACUUGACUUUCUGUGACAAUAGAGAAAUUCUGCACUUCUUCUGUGACCUGGAACCUGUUUUAAGACUUGCUUGCUCAGACACCUAUAUCAAUGACUUGUUGAUCCUAGUUGUUGGUGGAGCCGCCAUAUCCAUCCCUUUUACCUUCAUUCUGGUCUCCUAUGCCCUUAUUGGCUGCAUAGUGUGUGGGGUGCCGUCAGCCAAGGGAAAAUGGAAAACAUUCUCUACUUGUGGCUCCCAUCUCACAGCUGUGUCUCUUUUCUAUGGAUCUAUAAUUGGGGUCUACUUUCUCCCACCUUCUUCCUACUCAGCAGAAAGGGAUAAGGUGGCUGCUAUCAUGUAUACAAUUGUAACUCCCAUGAUGAACCCCUUCAUCUAUAGUCUAAGGAACAAAGAUAUGAAAGGAGCACUGAGGAGACUGCUCAGCAGACAAAGAUUUUCCUGGAGAUGGUGA